AUCAUUUUAGUAACGUCUAGGUCAAUGCUUAAUAUUUAGUAUGUUUAAUAUUUCAUCAAAAAAAGGCGAAUGUAGUGGGCCCCUCUUCCCUGCCCGAGCGUUGCUCUGUCGGGUCCUGUAUGGGAGCCCGUGCGGGGAUGUCCUGGAGACCCCGCGCUGCCUGCACCUCUAUCGUCUCGGUUUUGCGGAGAAUAUGCCUUCCUCACAUGAGCCAGCAAGGAGAAGUUUGCUUAAAACAAACAGUUGACAUGGAUGAUGAAGACGGCAGGUGCUUGCUAGAUGUAAUUUGCGACCCUCAGGCACUCAACGACUUUCUCCAUGGAUCAGAAACGCAUCUGGACACCGAUGACCUUUUGGAUGGCUCGGCUGACCCCACCAGCUCCUUCUUCUCCGGUGCUGGGGUCCACGUACCCCAGGUCCAGCCGUCCAAUCAGCUGUCGGUCAGCGACCGGUCGGGCCUCCCCAGCAGCAGCAGUGUGGACCUGGACUUCCUGGAGGAUGAUGACAUCCUCGGGUCUGCGGCCAGGGAGGGUGUGGACGGGGCCAACCACGAGCCCUGCGACAUCCUGCAGCAGAGCCUGGCCGAGGCCAACAUCACAGAGCAGAGUCUGCAGGAGGCCGAGGCAGAGCUGGACCUGGGCUCCUUCUGCCUGCCCGGCCUGACGCAGGUGGUCCAAGCCCUGCCCGACCCCAGCCUGCCGGGGCCCGGAGGCCCUAACGCGGUCGGGGUUCAUCUAGGCGGUCAGAUCUUCCACAGUCCGACCCCCACCUCCACGCCCACACCCCCUAGUGCUGCUCCAGACAUGCUGGGCUCGGUCCUGGCCCACCCGGGUCUCCAGCUGCAGCCACAGGUCAUGAACAAAGCCAUGACCGUCCAGCCCUUCAUGCAACCUGUGGGCCUGGGGAAUGUCACUCUGCAGCCCUUAUCCAGCCUCCAGGCCCUGCCCAAUGGGAGCCAGUCCGGCCACCUGGGCAUCGGGCCCAUUCAGGUCAUGGGCCAGCCCACGGUGAUGGCCAUCAACCCAUCGGGACAGCCCAUCCUGACCAAAACCAUGGGUGGGUACCAGUUGCACCAGGCCAGCCCGGACACUGGGGGUGCAGCUGCUCAGACGGGUCUGGGCGGGGCCGUGCUGGGGCCCGGGGGGGGACUGCUGAUCCAGGGUGGCAAGCCUGCUCUGGGGUCCCCGGCUCUGAACGGGGCCAGCGUCAGUGUUGGCGGCGUUGCCGUUAGUGUUAGCAGCGCGGUGGCUAGCACCGCGGGGGGAGCCAUCUCCACCUCUGCCGGGUUGGUGGGGUUUGGCGGCACCUCCCUUGGAGUCGGGACCCCCCAGCAAGCUCUGCCCCCCGGCCAGAUCAUGCAGAACGUGGUCAUCCAGCGGACGCCCAUGCCCAUUCAGCCCAAACCGCCACACGGCGGCGCUGUUCAGACCAAACUUUACAAACCGCAGCACAUGCAGCCACAGCCACAACAACAACAGCAGCUUCCAACGCAGCAGCUCCCCACCGCAAACUCUCUACAGGGCGACGCCAGCAAGGGUGCGGGGGUGCCUCAGCAAGGGCAGGUCCCGGUGUCCACUGCCCAGAGUGUGGCCUUUCUGACGGGGAAGCCCGGUGGUAACGUGGUACUGAGCACCCAGGCCGGGCCCCAGACGGCUCAGUUCCCCCAGGCGCUGUUCAAACAGCAGGGCCCCCAUGCGCUGGGGAAGCCCCUCAGCGUCCACCUGCUCAACCAGUUCCUGCUACCCCAACUGCCGGGGGGCGGCCAGAUCCUUGCCCAGCACCCUGGGGGCCACAUCAUCACCAGCCAGGGCCCCGGGGGCCAGAUCAUCGCAAACCAGAUCCUGGCCCCCAACCAGAACCUCAACCUGGGGCAGGUGCUGACGUCGCAGGGCCCCUCUGGCACCGCCCACAUCCUGUCGGGGCACAUCCAGCUGCAGCCGGGGCAGAUGGGACACCCGACCCUGUUCCAGGUGCCCGUGUCGCUGGCCCAGACACAGGCGCAGACACACUCGGUGGCGGCCCACCCCCAGGCCGUCAUCCAGGGCAUGCCCAUUCAGAACUCCCUGGCCAUGCUGGGACAGGUGGAAGGCCUGGGGCCAGCGGUCAGUUUGCAGCCCCCUCUUCCUCCACCUCCACCUCCUCCUCCUUCGCAGCAGCAGGCUGGCCUCGUCCCCCUCGGAGGGGGACCAGCGAUGGCCCAGUGCCAGCCCAUGGACAGCGUCUCAGUGGUGGGCGGAGCCGUGGACCAGCAGCCUGCUCACCUUGCACAAGCCCCGCCCCCUCCGUCGCUGCAGCCCCCACCACCCUCGAUCCUGACCGUGCAGACCACCCCGUCUUCGUCCAUCUCCAUCUCGGUCCCCUCUUCGUCCUCUCCGUCCUUGUCUUCCUCCUCCUCCUCGUCCUCCUCCGUGCCCCCCGUCUCUGGCUCUUUGGCGCCACCAGUGGCCCAGCACAGUCCCGGGAAGCUCUUCCUGGCUCCGCAGGGCUCCGGAAUGUUCCUCAGCCAGGAAUCCCUGCAGAUGUUCCUGCAGCAGGACCAGAAGCGCCAAUCAGAGAGCGAGCCCAGCCCUUCAGGGUGUGUCCCUGCGUCUGUCAUCGUCAGCAGUGGCCACGCCCAUUCAGACCUUAACAGCCUAUCAGCUGAGACGGGGCCAGUCCAGAGUCCCACCCACUUUCAUGACCACACCCACAAGGCAGCAGUGGUUCAUCAGAUCCCCUCUACAGGCCACCAGCAGCAGCUGAAGAUCCAGAGUGCAUCCCCCUCUCAGCUGGUCCCUGCGGCAGACAGCCCUCAGCCCUCCCAGGCCUCCUCCCUCAUUCUGGGUCAGCCCGUCCAUUCCCCCCAGCCCCAGACCCAGUCCCAGCCCCCGGCCCCGGCCCCAUCCCGGUCCUGCACCCCCUCCUCCCUGCCACCCCUCUUCAUCAUCCACAACCAAAUCGGGGGUUCCCCACAGCCCGUGCCCCCUCUCCAGGCCCCGCAAACGCAGCAACCUCAGAUCCAGACCCAGAUCCCGCCGCAGCCACGCCCACCCUCUCAGCCCGCCCCUUUCCAACAGGAUGUGGGUGUGGUCUCCGUCGGCCCCGCCCACUCACCCAAGCCCCCCGCGGCGCUGCCGGUGCAGUUCCAGUUUGCUCCCUCGGGGGGCACUGUGGUGCAUAGCUUGACGCUGGAGCAGCAGCAGACCCUGCAGAUGGUGGGAGCUAAGCUGCAGACGCUGUCUGCCAUCGAGCAGCCAUCUGCACAGCAAAAACAGCUGCUGGAGAAACUCCACCAGGUCCAGCAGAACAUCAUCCUCCAGGCCAAACAGCAGACUGCAGCGCAACCGGCCUCAUCCAAUCAGUUCAGUGCUCCACAGGACCCGCCCACCACCCAGCCUAUUGCAUCAUCAACCUGCGCCACCACCCCUGCUCAGCUGGCCUCCCUGCUGCAACAGACAUCCGUGCUGGUGAAGACGCCAUCUACAGGAUCCAGUGAGGUUAAAUUGUUUUCAGGGGCCUCGGGACCAGUCGUGGCUACAGCCAAACAGGGAGUCACUCCUAAUGCCCUUGCACAACCUGUACAGGUGAAUUCGGUCGGCAGUGUGACCGUGGGUACUGCGGCUCUGCAGAUCAAGGUGCUGGGCUCCGGACUCACUCAGCUGACCACGCCCCAGCCUGUUUCUGCCUUUCAAACACAGACUACAGCUUUGAAGAUGCCUUUCCCCAUGGAGCACAGCAAAGAAGCAAAGACGCUGGAGCAGCUGAGGAAGCAGCAGGGCUCAGUCUUGCGGCCAGACUACAGCACGCCCUUCCGCUCCUUUGAGGAUGGCGUACAGCGGCUGCUCCCCUACCACCUGUACCAGGGCACCCUGUCCACACCCCAGGACUUCCAUAGAGUUGAUGAGGAGUUCCAGAGCGUCUCAAAUCAGUUACUGAAGCGAACUCAGGCCAUGCUGGAUAAGUAUCGCCUGCUGCUGUUUGAGGAAUCCAAGAGGCUGGGACCCUCAGCAGAGAUGGUGAUGAUUGACAGAAUGUUCAUUCAGGAGGAGAAGCUGGCUUUGAACCAGGACAGGGUUCUGGCUAAAGAGAGACCAGAAGAGUAUGUGGCCAAUUCCUGCUCCCUGGAAAGUGUUGCUGUAAAUCUACAGCACCCCCUGCCUGUGGAGCCUGGUACUGCAAAAGCCCAGAGUUUAGCUGUGGGAGGAGGAGCCACUGUGGGCCCCUCCCCUGCAUUGGCCACACCCCAUUUCACCCCCACCAAGCUGGUGAUAAAGCAGGCUGGGGGAGGGGCAUCGGUGUCCUGGUCCACCAGCAUCACCCCAGGCGGGGCAGCCCUGGCCACGGAGCCUGCCAGGCAGAGUUCAUCCUCCAACCGCUCGGCCCCUUCAGACGAUGACGCCCUCCCCCAGCGCAGCAGCAAGCCGCCGAUGAAGACCUACGAGGCGCGACGGCGAAUCGGGCUCAAGCUGAAGAUCAAGCAGGAGGCUGGCCUGACGAAGGUGGUCCACAACACGGCGCUCGACCCGGUCCAUACCCAGAUACCUCGACAGAACCCGGUUCAACCGUCCACCGCCACGCCGCAGCAGGACCAGCAGCAGCCUGCGGCUGCUGUCCCCCCGGCUACCCUCGUCAUCAGGACUCCUCCCCUCGACUCCGCGCAUCCCGUACCCGCUUCCUCCUCCUCCGCCACGCCCCCCAUCGCCAUAGCAACCACGCCGCCGCCAGUCCCCACCGCUUCGGCCACGUCAUCGCCCUUGUCGUCAUCGUCCGCCUCUUCGUCAGCUCAGGUCAACGGCACCCUGGAGCACCAUCGCCACACCCCCACUCGAAACCCAUCGCGCCCACCCCCCAUCCCGACCUGCCGGCUGCCACUCCGCAAAACGUACCGGGAGAACGUCAGCCCGCCCAAGGGCCGAGACCCCGCCUCCCCCCCUCGCGAGCGGACGGUGAUCGCCAGCGUCAAGCUGGAGAAGCGGGGCGGCGGGAAGGGGCGAAGCCAGGCGCGCACGGAUCACGGGCCGGGGGCGGGCCCGGAUCCGGGGGGAGGCGGGGCUGGCGAUGCCCAGCGGGAGGGCGGCUCCUCCCCGGGACUGAUGAAGGACCUGGCAGAGGUGGAGGAGGUGUUGUACCGCGGGAUGAUGAAAAACACGCACCGGCGACACCACAGACAGCACGCCGAGCCGGGGGAGGGGCACGGGGGCGUGGCCGGGGACGGGGGCGGGCCUCGGUCCAAGCGGAGUAGCGGUAAGAGCAGGGAGACGCGCGGGGGGGAACGGUCUUCCAGGAGGGACGGUCCCGCCUCUCCCGGUGCAUCGCCCCGCCCCUGGGACCCCUCCCUCCCCACCAAACGGCGCAAGUCGGACUCCCCGGACAUGGACAACGCCAGCUUCUCCAGCGGCAGCCCCCCGCCAGACCACUCGCUCAGCGAACACCUACAGAGCGCCAUCGACAGCAUUCUCAACCUCCAGCAGGGGGCGCCAUCGCGGGGCGGCAGGGAGGGCCGGACCCCGGGGCCACAUCCGUCCCAGCAGCCCUCGGCCCACCGCCCGGGCGCCCCCUCCACCUCCUCACACAGACUCCCCGCCUCCUCGUCCUCCUCAUCCUCCUCCUCGCUCUCCCAGCGCUCACAGCUAGGGGGCGCAGGGGGGCGGGGGCACAACGGUAGCUUUGUCUCCCGGACUUACAGCAGAUAACAGCCCCUCAGCACUGUGUGUGGAGGGCACUGAACAGAGUCCACCUGCAUUUUCAGUGUGUUUGUCAAUUUCAAUUGUUCUGAACAAGAGAAGACACUUUAUUUUUUAUUUUUUUGGUUUACAGAUUUUACCCUCUUGGUGUACUUUAGAGUGUUUGGGGUGGGAGGUGAGGGUCAGAAUUAAGAUUUCCUUCAAUCUUUCUUGGUAUCAAAACAGCCUCGCGAGAUAUCAACCAGGCCAGUAAGAGUGAAUAAUUUUGCACCUUUGACCAAAUAUCAGUAUUGCCAUCGAUUUUUCUGAUGUCACUGUGUCUUGCAGCACUUUUUUUGUUGCCUUCGAACCUCUAUGAAUCCAUCAAAGUAACCAACUGCUCUAGGAGAGAUAGCUAUGAUCUCUUCAGACUGAGAAAAUCUAUCACUACAUGUACCUUCAUUUGGAGCAUUUCAUGUUUUUAAACACUAAAUGGCAAAAAUGUUUGUCGGUAUCCUGACUAGUUAAGGAUGCCAGUGAUGGGAGGGUGUGGUCCCAUAGACCUCAAAAUGGGUGGAGCAUCAGAGAGCUGUCAAUCAUCGAAUUACUUGAACCAAUCAAAUUGGCUUUUUCUUCGUGGCAGAUCAGUAUGUCUGAUUCGGUUCCAAUUGGCUGAUGACAUGUUACUCUACCCAUCUUUGGAUUCAUGGUACCUCAUUCCCCAUUACUAAUGGGGUUUGUGCCACCCAGAACUGUCCAGAAUUGUUGAUGUGCACCUUCAGUGAAAUGGGAAAUGAGAGUGAAACUUCCUCUGGCUGAAAUGGGGAGUCAGCAUAGUCAGUUUCCCCAAGGUCCCGCUGUCACCUGAUCACUGCCUGUCUGUCAUUCCUCACUUUUUCAUUUCUGUUCCGUUUGCUUCAUCACUCACUCGCCUGCACAGUGUUGCAUGUCUUUUUCUUGUGUGUGUGUGUGUGUGUGUGUGUGUGUGUGUGUGUGUGUGUGUGUGUGUGUGUGUGUUUGUUUUGUUGUCAUUAAGUUAACUGUCACUAAGUGGCAGUGUUGGGAUCUGGCUGGAGAAAACCGUGUUCGGUCUCGUGCUCUAGCCUAUAAAAUCCCCCAGUAUAAUACAGAUGAUAUAAAGAGCAUGUUCAUGUUGAUGCUUUGUGAUUCUGAUUCUGAUUCUGUCAGAGAGUGUGUGUGUGUGUGUGUGUGUGUGUGUGUGUGUUUGUGUCUGAGUGUGUGUCUGGUUCUGUCACGGUGAGUGUGUGAAUGCGUCUCCCCGGCUUCCUCUUUCUUUAAGCGAAACUCUGCGGAGGCCCUCCUGUUGUUCUAGACCUGCUCUAGAGUGCGCUGCUGAGUGUGCUCAUACAGUCCCAACUGUCCUGCUGUGGUUUUACUCUGCUGACACAACGUCUGAGGUUGAGUUUGGGUUGGUCUAAUUACAGGAAGGGUCGCCUGUUGCACUUCAAAUGGUCUGUGGACCAGAGGCAAUAGAGGCACGGCACUCGGCAAGCAGGACCAGACCUAACAGUGAAUUUGAAACUGUCAAGUUUUUAAAAUGUAAAAAAAAAAAAAUUGUGACCAUUGCUUUCAUUUUUUAAGUUAUUUUAUUGUUUUUUUUUAUUUUUUUUUAUUGCCUCGCUUGCAUUAAAAACAACUGCACUCACACAGUCCUAGCUGAGAUGAUGUGCUCCGAAUACGAUGUAUGAUUCAUAUAUACUGUAUAUAUAUAUAUAUAUAUAUAUAUAUAUAUAUAUA